AUGCGAGACUCUUAUCACAGGGACACUGACCUUUUCGACACGCUCUUUCCGCAGCCUCCGCCUCGAUCUCGUCUCCAGGCAGAACGUCUAGCGCGACCAUCACUGCCGACGCUCAAAGGAUCGCUUCACGUCGAAUCUGCCGACUCUUCUCGCUCCACUGCUCGUCAGAUCUCGUCUUCCUACUCGAUCGAGUCGGUCAAUUCGCUCGCUUCCUACCCCUCAUCCACAUCGUCCUUGUCGCUACUGCACAGCCUCCAUCCCAGAAAGCAGGCUUCCACCGACAGCUCCAUAGACUGCUACAGCCCCGCCGUCAGCGAUGUCAACAGCGCAGACACCGACAAUAGCGUAUACAGCGACCGCAUCCGCUCCCAGUCCUCCGAGAUUGACGCCCAGGAUCAGGUCGGACCCUUCACCCCCGUCACGCCAAGCGGCCCUGCGCACAUUUGGAGACCCAAGGAACUCAACCUUGUUCGCAAGCGUCGCGAAUUUGGCUCGACAGAGCAUCCCCUGCCUUCUCAUCACGCGACCUCGUCUGCCACCAUCACCGGCGACCGAAACGCUCUCCUCGUCGGACUCGGACUCAGCGAUGUCGUGCUCACAUCCGGGGCGCCAGCCUCUUCUUUCCCAGCGAGCGGUCCAAGUGAUGCGUUCACACAAGCGUCCAAGGCGAGAUCUUUCACACCUACCAGAUCGCCGCUUCUGGAGUCAGGCGCGGCUUUUCCUCGAGACAUGCAGAGCGACCUCAACGCUGCAGCAGCGCCACAGUCUGGUCCAAAACAGCUCUACCUGGCUUCCUCUGGCGGUCCUCCGACGGCGCGGCGUUUCCCUGGUCGCAGACCGAGCGAGAGUCUGCUUGAAAGCUUCGCCUCGACAACACCACCUCCGGCGUCCGAAGCCUCGUCUCGAUGCAACACGCCCCAGAUGCGAUCCGCCAUUCCCAUCAUGCCCAAUGGGCCCACCUUCGUCGCGAAUCGAUCCCUUUCGCCAGACGUCUCUUCGCUAGGGCAGAUGGACAGGAAGGCUGGCAUUUCGGCGGAAGAGUUCCUGGCCCAGAUCGCAUCGACUCCAGAAUACCAGGCAAGCCAAUACUUCGAGUCGGCCGCCCCGUCUGCUUCUGCUCAGCCUGCGGACCUCGAGGAGCGACAAGCUUUCGAGAUCGUCGUUCCCAAUUCCGAAAUCGAGGAGCCGCUUGUAUCUGCCGUGUCGAACCUCGCUGUGGAUCACAGCCACGAUCGAGCUGUCGGCGAGACUAGACGAAACAUCUCGCCACCGGUAGCAGCCCUUCCCGGACCUUCGGUGCUGGACAGACAAGGCGCCGGCUUCUCCUCCAAGCAGCGUUCGAGGGCGGCGUCGCUGAGUACGCGCAAGGCUCCUCCGGCUCCGCUCGUUCUCAGCUCUUCGCCGGCCAGCAGCAAUACAGGCACGCUGCCCGGUACGCCGAGCGGCCUUCGCAGACGCACUCCUACCGCCACCAUCAGUCAGAAGUCCCCGCUUUCUGCACAGCAUUCGGACGAUGCCGCCGCCGACGCUCUGUCGACCGCGAGAACACCGACCUCGUCCACCUCUCGCUCCCAUCAUCGCCAACAGGACAGCAUGUCAGAGUACUCUGAGCCAUUGCACACAGCUUACUACGAGUUUGACACGGACGAAGAGGAUGCAGCGCCUGCUGAGGGCGCUGGAGAUGAUGAUGGCCCGACCACAGCCACGCCACUAGCGGAUCAGCCGUCUGACCAUGGCAUCUUGGACGGCGUCAUCACCAAAUCACCACAAUCGAGGUCCUCGGUCUCGAGCAGUCGCGUUCACUCGCUCAGAAGCGAUGCGCAGGGUCGUUCCAGCGCUGGCUCCGAAUCGGUAACAGCUUUCGAGUUUGCCCACCUAGAGACGGGCCCUACCAGCGAAGGGCUCAGUAUGAAGACGAUGAUGGGCUUCCUUCAGCGUCAGGACUCUCGAAAAGCUCCGAGUCUCUCGCUUGGCGAUGAUGGCGAAUCGACCGUGGAUGACCAGCAAGAAGCGAUAAAUGUCGUGGAGGUCUCGGACCCUUCGACACACGCACAGGCAUUAUCGUCGAGCCAACUCGAACCGGCGUCUACGCCAGCUGUGCCAAGCUUCAACCUUUCCGUAUUUGGGCCCAGCCAGUCGACUGCCGCGAAUGCCAUGGACGACAAGGAUCUGCUUAGGGCUCACGGCGCACCCCUGCCUUUGUCACUUGACACAACGAUGACUCGCCCUCGCAAGCAGAGCAUCGUACCGGACACGCCCACCUUCGCCAUCCGUGAUGCCGCUUGGGGGGCGCGUCCGCGUGCCGAGCCCAGCAGGCUUCUUCCUGCCGUUUCGGACACUUUCGCAGCCGGUCCCGCCAUCAUGACGCGAAUGGACAGCAACGGCAUCGGCAGCAGCAGUCGUUGGAGCUCUGGAUCUGAAUCCGAUGGCGAGUCGGCCAUGUCGAUCAAGAGCGGCCGCAAAUUCUCCAAGGGUCGGAAGAGCCUUGCGGCUAGUCGCAAGAACAGCGUUGCCGCUCUCCGCGAGGCGAGCGAGAUGUCGCCCGAGUCCGGAGCGAGGCAGGCGAGACGAUCAAGCAAAUCGCGUACCUCGGGUCAGACGGAUACCGUCGCACAGGUGCUUUCAGUACCGUCAAAACCUGCGCUUCCUUCGUUGUCGAAACGCCUGCUUCUCAAUGGCCUCCCGAAUCUGAGGAAGAAGAGCUUCCCUAACCUCAACGGUCCGUCCGCAACGCCCUCGACACCGUCGGGCUCGCGCGAGCUGACCUCUGCAGGGCCAGGCUUCACCGAUCGAACCGAGUUUUCCUUCCCGCCGGCGCUUCCACGGCAGCCAAGCGCAACACCUCCUCUGACCAGCAUGUCGAGACAGUCAUCGAAUCGCAAUGACGACGCUGCAGGACUCUCGAUCAGGACCGCCUUUGCAUCCACGUUUGCGCAGACGAACCAGCGAUCAUUCGACACCCCACCAACGCCGAUCUCCGCUCCAGGGUACGUAUCCUUGAACGGGGCCUCUGGGCCGCUGACGACACAGCAGAUUCAGGCGCAAGCGAGGUCCAACGUGUGGCCCGACAACUUCAUCGGCAGUGGCGUCAGCGCGGCCGGCAUGUCAUCUCCGUUCCUGUCGGUCGAUCAUGAUACGUUCCACCAUGGCUUUGCGCCUUCCAGGCUUGCACCGACGCCGCCUAUGUCUGCCUCUGGCGUUCAACAGGGAUGGUCUUCGGCCCCGCACGCGUCGUCAAUGACACCAAAAGCAGCCUUCAGCGGCUCUGCAUCUCAGGACAAGUCUCUGCCUCCUUCGCCUCUCUUCGAGGCAGCGAGCACGGUGCGCUCUCGCUCGCGCACCGCCGAGAUCGCUCCGCCCAAGAACCUGCGACACUUGCGACAGUUCUCAUCGAACGCGAAUCUGAAGACCUUGCGCAAGAUCGUGCCCGGUGAUGUCUUCAAGUCUCACCAGGCCAAUAUCACGCCAGUCAAUUCGGCAGAUGUCGCGUCGCCUUCAAGCACGUCCGUUGCAAACGAAGAGCCGUUGCCUGCGAUCUCCGGAUCCGCAUCGCAGGCGACCGCAAUGGCCGAUGAGCCUGCGGGGUCCAUCAAGAUCGUCGAAUCUAUAGCUCCGUUUCCGAUCCUGGUAGACAGGAGGCAGGCCAAGAUGAAGAAGGCGCGACGCAUCCGCAAGCAGAAUGAUCGCUUCCCGCGACACAAUUCAUGGUCCGAUCUUGGGCUGCAAUGGAUCGCAGAGCAAGGUGCUGAUGCUUUCGAAAGACUAGCAGCGGAGGGCCUCCCGUCAUCGGUGAUUCUGAUGGCCGCUGGUGCUUCGUCUCACCGAUCAAAUCGGGUGCUGAAUGGUGGCGCAGCUGGAGGAGGCGGCGGCGACGGUGACUCGGAUGGAAGCGACACAGACGACUACGGAUCCAGCGAUGGCGGAGGAGGCGCUGGUGGAAGCGGUGGCUUUGGAGGAGCCGGGGGCGCUGGCGGUGGAAGACGUCCGAGCAUGGGCCGCGACGACGCAGACAAGUCGAGCGAUGAAGAUGCAGAGGACUCGGACGAGGACGAAGCGGCAGAGGCUAUGACGGACGAAGACUCGGAGGACGAUUACGGUGCGAAAGAGUCGUCCGCUGCCGCUCGUGCUGGUCGACGUGGAGUCAUGCCUGCGGUCCCUGCGCGGGGUGCCUCAAUCCCCACAGCAGCACCUGAAGCCGAUGCAGCAGCCGACUCUGAUUCGUCCGACGAUCGUCCACUGGGUCAGCUCGUCGACGACCCGAAAGCUGUCCAGAAGGCUUUGCGCGCCAAAGAGCGCAGGCGUCAUUUCGAUAUGGCGGCAAAGGCUCUCGAGGGCAAGGGCAGCUCCUCCGCCACACCUUCAAGCAGCGGGCAUGCCCGUCCCGCCGUGCAACAGCAAGGGAAAUCGCCCGACCAACCUGUCGUCAACCCGAACGAACUGUCUCAGCGCUUGAACAGGGUACAACAGCGUCGCGAGCGAGCGCAUGCGCCGAACGGCGCCGGUGUGCAGCGAUCCCAGACAGUCGCACGCCCGGAUGGCGAGCGUCCCGCGGCUGCUGUCUCGAGGUCCAAGUCGGUGCGCACGGCUCCAGCGGAGCGCUACGCUCAUCCCGGCAUGCGCGCGAGGACGCCCUCGGAAGCCGCCUUGCGUGCCAAGGCGAUGACGCAGGCAGGGCCACACGGUCCUUCUCCAAUAAGCCCGACGCCUCCUCAGUUCGCCAUGAUGCCGGAGCUCCCGUCCAAUGCCAUGGCGACUGUCGUUGCAGCGCAAAAGGCGAUGGCGAUGGCGCAAGCGAAUCCUACCCCCGCUUCCUUGGCUCAGGCACAAGCACUGGCAACUUCUGCCACUGCCGCCCUCAAUGCGGCUACAGCGCAGGUCAAGAGGGGCGGACCGUCGCCUGUCGCAACGACUUUCAAUCACGGUCAGCUGGGGGAACAGACGACCACCUCGCCGCGGAUGAUGGAUGGCGUCGAGCUGCCUGGCGCGCGGCACCGCACAGAUUCUCGAGGUCAAACGCUUCCCUUCGGCUCCUCGGGUGGCGGAUCUUCUGCCAUUCCUGCCACCGCUCCCACUCAUCAGCCUGGCGUGCUGCAAAGGCUACGCUCCCGCUCCGUGUCACGCAACCAAGUUCCGCUGACCAUCAACACAGCCGCUGCACCGCCGCUGCCCGACUUGCCCAGGCCGGACACCGCGUCGAAAGACUCUCAGGCUUCCAGCUCGCCCCGGAGUGCCCACACCGCCACGUUUGCUGCGCUCGCGCAAGCCGCCGCACACCACGGACGACCUUCAGGGGACGGCUCGAUGGCGCACGGCGAUACCUCGAUGCACAGGAAUGCCUCUGCUCAACACACCAACGCUGCUCCUACAUCGAACGAGUCUGGCUCCAGUCUCCAUGUUACCUCAAUCGUGCCGCGACAGCCGCACAAGGUCUUCAUCCUGUCGAGGCAGCGCUUCACCGUCGUUGAGGUGCCGGUCUCUGCGCGCGCACGCGAUCUGGCAUUGGAGGUGAUUGAACGAGAAAGGCUGCCGAUGGACGACAGCAAAGGCGGCUGGGUCGUCUUUGACUGCUCGGCGCAGCUGGGCAUCGAGCGUCCUCUGCGAGAGUACGAGAUGAUCACCGACGUGGUCAACGUGCGAGCGCAUCCCAAGACCGACUUUCUCCUCAUCAAGCGCACAGAGCUGUCGCCGUACCUCUCGCUUCGAUCCGUGCCGUCAAGCUCGCCAGCGCUUGCCGGCUGGGUCUACGUACAGGACCGAAAGAAGAAGUGGAACAAGCGCUGGCUCGAGCUGCGCGACCACGGUCUGUACCACGCCAAGAACGAGAAGGGCAAGGACGAGAUGUCCAUUUGCCAGAUCUCGACCUUUGACGUCUAUCUGGUCGAUAGCUCGGCGGUCAAGAUGCCGAAAGCGAAUGGGUUUGCGCUCCGAUCCCAGGAUCCCAUCACGAUGUUCGAGAAGCCAGAUCAGGACUACGUGCACUAUUUCAGCCUGACGGAUCCUGCGGCUCAUCGUGAUUGGGUUCGUGCUAUUCUCAAUGCACGCACCUACAUUUUGCGACAGGAGAAGGCGAUCCUUUUCCAGGUCGAGUCUCCGCUCAGCAGCCAAGAAGCUGCUCCGGGCGUGACCGCAAGCGGCGGACUUGCAAGGGCUAUGACUUCCCGUCGUCCUCCCAACACUCGAGCGGCAGAAGGAGCAUCCGAGUCGGGGCACGGCAGCGCAAGCGGCCCUUCACCCCUUAUCGACAGCAGUGCAUUCGCUGGACCCUUCGCCAAGGGCAGCCUCUUGGCGGAUAAGGCCAUCAGCGAUGCGAAGGUGGCCCUUCGAGGUCACGCGCCCGGCGCCCCCGUCACGGGAGCAUUCAACGAGCUAAGCCUGAUGGACCAACAGGCGCUACGCUCGAACGAGGCGCGCCGACGGGAGGAAGCGGCGGAACGUCAGCGUCGGAUGAAGGCGGAAGGCCAGCCUUUGAUCGAUCUGGUACGCAAGUAA